AUGGGGUUAAUUUCGUUGUUGGUUAAGAAACGGGGGAAACGUCUUUUACAGUUGAGGGAAUGUUCGAAUUCAACUAUCGAGUCGCCAUUAAAGAGAAAGCUCACACAAGCCAUAUGCUUCAGCAAUUGCUUCACCCUUUUUCCCUUUCUUGAUUCGUUACUCCUCAAAAUCCAGCCGGAGAUAAUCUCCGCCGAUGAUUGCAUAUCUCGCCGGCGCACAAAUCAACGAAAAUCGACAAAGCACUGGAGGCCGGUGCUGAAGGCAAUUGAGGAGGACGGCGUGCUCAGUCGAAGCCCUGAAUCAACGGCCAUCGCUAGAUCUGAGAAGAACCUACUGAAUAAAUCUAAAUCCGCGAGAAGAACUCGAUCUGAGUCCUUUCACGACGAUUAUUGGAAAUCGAGUCAUGAGAUGAUAGCAGUUCCAGUUUUUUCUCCAACGCCGUUUAUGUUUUGAUUUUAAUCUUGUCUUCUCCUUGACAGUUCGUCCCUAGUUUCUGUACAUUCAGAUUGUUAACAAAUUUUCUUGUGUUUUUUUUAUUUUUUUUAUUUAUGUAACAUUGUAAAUUUCUAAUUAAACAGUAAUGUUUGAUUUUUUUUUUUAAUCAACGUAUGCUAUUGACAAAUAUAUGCCACGGAAUUUUACCCUUUAAACACCUAACAUAUGAAAUGCCGGCGCAAAGCGGCGACAAAUAACUCGUUUCUCGAAUUGUUUUCUGCUUAUGGUAUUGAUAUUUUAAUUAUUCAAGAUUUACUUGUGUAUGAGUUCAGUCGCUAUAGUUGUUUAGUUUAUGAUUAUUAAUAUUUGUAGUUAAGGAUAACAUCUUAG